AUGGGAGAUAAGAAGGUAAUUAUAGUUAAAUUACAAACUUUACGUCGUGAUUUUGAAACUUUAAGCAUGAAAAAGGGUGAAUCCAUGCAAGACUAUAUGUCUCGAGUCUUUGCAAUUAUUAAUCUGAUAAAGUCUUAUGGAGAUAAAAUUACUGAUGUUGUAGCAAAGGUUUUGAGGUCUUUAACCAGUAAGUUUGAGCAUGUGCUUGCUGCUAUCGAAGAAUCUAAGAACAUAUCUGACUAUAUGUUUAAUGAAUUAAUAGGUUCUUUAUUAGCUCAUGAAUAUAGUCUAAAUAGGUCUUAUGAGAAGGUUGAAGAAAAAGCACUCCAGGCUAAAGAAGAGUCUUUUUCUUGCAAAGAAAAAUCCUCAAAUUUUCUUGGUAGAGGUAGAGGAAGAGGCAGAUUUUGUGGCCGAGGUCGAGGCCGCAGCAGAGGUAGAGGACAAUUUAGCGAGUCACGUCAGCCCAAGAGUGACUUGCAAUGCUCGUAUUGCAAGAAGUCUGGCCAUACUGAAACAUAUUGUUGGGCCAAACAAAGAGAUAAACAGAAGCAUGCCAAUCUCUCUAAGAAAGUUGAGGAUGAAAGAAGGGGUACCAUAGCCAUUAAAAUAGCGCAGGGUGAUUCUAAACUUAUCUAUGAUGUGCAAUUUGUUCCUAGUUUGGCUUACAAGUUGCUAAGUGUUGGACAAUUGAUGGUUAAUGGUUACUCUAUUCUGUUUGAUAAUGAUUCAUGCAUUGUUAGUGACAAGAAAUCUGGUCAAACUGUUGCAAUUGUGCCUAUGACUCAGAACAAUAUGUUUCCCCUUAAUGUUUCAAAUAUUAUUAAAAAUGUGUUAGUUGUUAAAAGUGUUAAUGAAACUCAACUUUGGCAUCUUCGAUAUGGUUAUUUGAACAUUAAUAGGUUGAAAUUGUUGACUAGAAAGAACAUGGUGGUUGGUUUACCAAAAGUGGGUGGUCUUGAGUUAUAUGAAGGGUGCAUAUUUGGAAAAUAA